UGAUCAGCGGCAGAAAAGCAGAGCCAGACUGCGGCCGACAGGCGGGUGAGAGACCGUGAACGCGUCUUCUGUCUCCGGCAAAAUGUUCUCAGUUUGUCCCAAAGCUGUGCUGCUGCUCGCGGUGUGCGCGCGCGCGUCCUCGGCCGCAGCCAACAACGGCAGCCUUCAGGUGAGGACCUUUGCCGUGUUUGACCGUUCGGUCACGGAUGAGCCGAUAGACCUGCGAGGAGUUUAUGCAGACGACGAUGUCAAGUUCAACCGCUCCGCGCAUGUGUGGGUUCGUAACGUGACCAACAUCAGGCCGCGGAUCUCAGAAGAGGCGCUGCUGUUCCUAACGGGCCCCGUGUCCACCGUCCUCAUUCCGUCCUUCUACACGCUGGUCUGCCUGAUCAGCGUGCCGAUCAACAUCUGUGCCGUGCUGGCCUUCGCUCGGAGGAUCCGGCCCAAGAAGCCGGCGGCGAUCUACAUGCUGAACCUGGCCUGCGCCGACCUGCUCUUCGCCCUGCUGCUCCCCUUCAAGAUCUCCUACCACUUCGGCGGCAACGACUGGAUUUUCGGCGCGCUCAUGUGCCGCGUGGUCACCGCGGCCUUUUACUGGAACAUGUAUUGCUCGGUUCUACUCAUAGCGUGCAUCAGCGUGGACCGGCUUCUCGCCGUGGUCUACCCCAUCGACUCCCUGGCUUGGAGACGGCCACGGAACGCAACCAUAGCCUGCGCGGCCAUGUGGAUUCUGUCCUUCGCCGGCUCGGUGCCGCUCGUCCUCUCCGAGCAGACCUACCACCUUAAAGAGUUGGACGUCACCACCUGCCACGACGUCCAGUCCUCACAUGAGCUGAUCUGGCGCUACAGGAUCUACUUCAUCACCCUCUGCUGCGCCCUCUUCUUCCUGCCUCUGCUCGUCACUGUGGUGUCCUACGUCCGGGUGAUCUGGUCUCUGAGCAGGGUCCCCCGUGGGGUCCCGGGACGCUCGCGCAGAAGAACAAGAGCAGUGGUGAUGGCUUUAACCGUGCUGGUGAUGUUUGUGCUGUGUUUCACCCCCACAAACUGCCUGCUUCUAGCCCACUACCUGCAGUUCAACGAGGGAGUGGAGAGGAGCCAGGAGGCCCCUGACGGCUCCUACGCCGUAUAUCUGGUGUUCAUGUGUUUGGGGAGCCUGAACUGCCUCCUGGAUCCUCUGGUCUACUACUUCGGAUCAUCCCAGUGUCAGAAGCAGCUAUCCGGUGCGCUGAGGUGUGAGAAGGCCGGAGAGCGCCGGAGCGGCAGCCGCUCGUCCAGCAGCAGGACGAUCCUAAAAUCCGCUCAUACAGAAAGCUCCAAGGUGGACACGUCGGUCGCCGAGCUGGACCCUUUCCAGAAAAGCCUCAACAGCCAAUACAAGAAGCUGCUGGUCUGACAGAGCCAGCGGGCAUUAAUCAGUGACUUUAAAGGGAAGUGAACGGACGAAGCACGGAAGGAAGCUGAGAUUAGAUCAGAGUGUGCCUCGAGAACGCUUCAGUUGAUACUAUGAAAAGCUUUUGUUUUUGCACUCUGUUGUAUGAUUUUAUAAGCUGUUUUACAUUUAAUGGAAGGAAACAUUUUGUAUUCUGUCUGUACAUACACGUGCUGUAUAGCUCAUUUUAAAGCACUUCUACUUAAUCGCGUCUGACUUUGUUCAUUUUAAAGAACGAUAACCUCCUCUUUCUGCCGUUUUGGUCUGUGAUAAAUAUGUUUUCACGUCGCUGUGGUAGUUUCACAAAGAGGCCAGCAACAUGCUGAGCAAACAGCACCGUUUAUUUCAUGCUGCCCUCUGCUGGCUGGAUAUGUGAAGUGCUUUCAUGUGUGUUACUCAUUUUACACCAUCGUCCAGGUUCCUCUCUGCUCCAGCAGGUGGCGCUACUGUACUGUUAAUAAAAUGUAACCUGAAGGAUGGAGUCAGCUGUGUUUUACUCUUAGGAGACGAUUAUGUGAGGAAGGAACAACUGAGUGAAUAAAUACUUUUUGAGUGUUUCAAACAGCCA